AUGGUACAGAAGCAGCACCGCAAGUCCAACGCUAAGAAACGGCCUCCCGUCAAAAAGCAGGGGAAGCAAGCGGAUAACACGCAGUUCCGAGCUCAGCUUGAUGCUCCGGGCCAGAAAAUUGUCCAGGUGACGGCAGAUGGUAAUUGCUUUUUCAUAAGGGCGCUUGCAGAUCAGUUGGAAGGCAAUGAAGAUGAACAUGGGAAGUGCCGGAAUAUGGUUGUUCAGUACAUAUUGGAGGAAGCUGGACAUUAUAGUUACCCAUCUUAUCAUGAUGAGGAACAUUACAACAGUGUGAGGUUGAAGGAAGACACCGGAGAUGGGCCAGCUAGGCCAAUUACAAUCAAGACCAAUUCUAAUCUCUCGUUGUCGUCUUGCCAAGCAAAAGCUGGGUCAAACAAGUCUAAAUCAGGAGCUGGUAAGGAUAUUACUGAUGCAGGAUCCAUCAAGCUAGUCAUGGCUGGAAGUGGUUGUGAGAACAUUGAGAAAGUUGAGCAGGUUAUGUCCUCUCUUCUUCUGCUUGCUUGUUUGCAUUAA